AUGACAGAAAUAAUUGUGAAUUGGAUCCAGGAAAGACUCGGAGUUAUUAUCAACACUGAACCCGAAUCAUUAACUAAUUAUGUAAGGGAUGGUGGUAUAAUAACACGGCUAUUACUUAGUUAUAUGAUAAUAAGUCAAGAGGAGGCAAAUAAGGUUCUUUUGGUGGACCACAGUGAUCAAAGUAAGUUGCACAACUUUAAUUACAUCAAAAAUUGGCUUAAAAACAUCGAUAUAUACCUUACGAAUGCAGAAGUCGAGAAUAUAGUAUGUGGAAACAACUAUGAAGCUAUGCACCUGAUGUAUCAAAUAUAUCUGGAACUAAAAGAUCUAACAUUUCUAAACAUAUGCACUAAAAAGAAAAUAAGGGAAAAAUACAGACCUCAAACAAACACUUUAGAAGUAACUACAGUACCGGAAAGUGAGUUAGACAAAUUUAAGCUUAGAAAUCACAAAUCGUCACAUCUAAUUCCUGAAAAUUACGAUGUUAUACAUUGGCAUAGAGACCGCCUAGACAUCCUUUUACAAAAAUGCCAAGAUGCGAGAGAAAAUUAUUUUGAAUUAAUGCACGAAAAUUGCGAAAGAACUGUAUUGGAUAAUACUUCAUAUGAAUCUGCCCUAUCAAGUGCCUCAGAAUGCGUGGAAGUCGAAUCCAUGCAUGAAAGUUUCUGCGAUUUGAUAAAACAGAAACUUAAAUCUGAAAAAAUAAAACCUAUUGUACCUGACAUCAUUGUAGCACAAAAUAUAGUAAAAAAAUACAAAAAGAAGCACAAGGAAGCAAGCGAAAACACCCAAUUAAAAAAAAUAAUGGAGUCAAUGGCGCUAAGUAAGUUAAAAGGGGAUUUGGAAGAAAACUCAAAGAAAAACGAUGCUUCAAUAAUAGACGAAAAGCUUCUUCAACAGUCAGUUUACGAAAAGAAGUUAACUCAGAUGAUAGCAGAUGUAAAAUUACAGAAAGAUAUGAUAAUUAAGAAUAAACAAUUGGUAAACACGGGUUUACAAGAAAAGCGCGAUAAGAACUUCAUCGAUAAUCUCGUAAUGUAUGAUAAGAAUGUAAACGAGAACAAAUUGGAGUAUUAUAUAGAAAAAGAGCGUAACUAUAAUCUUCACCGAAGAAUCUACGAUUACAGGCAAAAAAUAAAGGCGGAGAGAGUAUAUAACAUGUGCUUGGACGCUGUAAAAGAUAUGGUUGAUAUUGCUAUUGCCCUAGGAGAGCAUAAAGAACGGUAUGGCGAAGAAGCUCCAAAACGUGUCGUGGAUAAGUAUAAAUGCUUAUUUGUGAAAGAAAAACCAAUUUUCGAUAUAAUUACACCAGUAGAGCGCAUCAUACGCUGCGGAGAAGAUGAGGAGGAAGACUUUGAGUACAUACAAAUGGAAAUAGAAAGACAGGAUGCCUUGGAUGAAUGUGAGUUUGAGAAUUAUCAAAACUACAUCAACCCCUUUGAGUAUGAUCAAAUAACAUUCGGUAAUGAUGAAACUGAUUAUAAACUAGCCUGUGGAACAAACAUAAUAGCAAAUAUAAUAUACACUCUACUGACAAUAAAAUAUCCAAAAAAUACUUACCUUAAACCGAAUUUAGAUCAUCUUAAAAUAGCGGCUUGUAUAAACGGUUUAACAGAUACUUCUACCCUGCCUGUUUUGCAAAAAUUAUUGGAGAUUAAGGAGGUUAAGGUUUUGGAAUUCAACGACGUUGUAAAUUUUUGUUUGGAGGCUCACAAUGAAGAGACCAUGGCUGAAUAUCCUGAUACAAUUUUAAUCGAGGAAACUGAUAAAGAAGUUGAGAAAAUUGCAGGAAAGGGUAAGGGUAAAAAGAAAAAAGGAGAUAAGAAAAAGAAGAAUAAAAAAGACAAGAAAAAGAAAAAAGACAAAAAGUCUAAAAAAUCAAAGAAAUCCAGUCCAUCUUCAACAGACGGUGAGGCUUUACCAGAAGAACCAAAGUUCUUUGAAAAAAUUAUUCAAACUCCAAAAAUAUUUCCCGGGGAAGAAAUCAAGUUAACUUCUCAAGCAGAGCUGGGAAAAAUAGCAGACGAGCAGUUGCAUUUAGGAGAAAAAUUGACCGAUUAUUUUCUUACUAAAAUGCUGAUAGUCUAUUUGGAAAAUCAUAAAGACAUCCAGGGUUUUGUUUUGGUAAAUUAUCCUACGGAUUUUGAGAAAGCUGCUUUGUUAGAAGAGUCCUUAACAGGGGUACCAGUGCCUGGUUUGAACCGCAACAAAUAUAAAUUCCAGAAGAGCAUUAAUGAGUUAGGUGAUUUUGAAUUUCGUCUCGAUGAUUUACCAGAUGACCCAAACGAACAAUAUCGUUAUAGCAAACUUUACGAAAAUCCUGUAGAAGAAAUAAUUCCCCCCAUAUACGAUACCUUUCUUACUGCAUACAUAAAAAUGAUUUUAACAGAGCCAGACGAAGAAACUGGCGAAAUAGAGUUACCACCAGCAUAUGAAGCAUUGGAAAAUUGUCCCGAUCCUAUGGAUCAGUUUUAUGCCGACUUGGGUUGUAAUUAUUCCAUGUAUUAUAAGAAAUUAGACAUAAAUGCUAUUAAGUAUUUGGGGAAGUUGAUUAUAGGAGAGUAUACUAUACCCCCUAAAACAUCUAUAGAGCUUUUUGGAGAUACUGUUACAUUUAUUGAGGCUGAAUUUGGUUCUUCACCAGGAGGUAAAAAUAAAUCUUCGAAAAAAGGUGACAAAGUUAAGAAGCCGAAAGAGAAAAAAGCUAAAUCCAAAGAAGAAACGAAGAGUAAGAAGGAUAAAGGUAGUAAGAAGAAUAAAGGUAGUAAGAAGGACAAAGGUAGUAAGAAGAGUAAAAAAAGCAAAGAUAAAUCAAGUAAGAAAUCAAAAAAGGGUAAGAAAGGUAAAAAAGGCAAAGGCGGUGAGGAGAAGGUAAUAAUUGUACAUGAAGAUAAAGCAACGCAAAUGCCUGAAGAGGAGGAGGAAGAACCUCCACCAGAAGAACCAAUACCUCCAAAAGCAGGCGAAAAAGGUUGGGUUUAUGCCUCCAUAAACAUCCCAAGAGAGUUAGGUGCAUGUUUUGCAACAAUCUGGGAAAAUACCGAGGAAGUCUACAUAGAGGAUUUCAAGCAACUUUUCUUUACUAAAAGACUUCUAUUAGAUCUAAUAGCGCCUUAUACGCAAUACAUUAAAGACCAUAUGGCUGAAUAUAUUCAUAGACCAGAUAAUAAACAACACCACGUAAGUGAGUUCCAAAGAAUUUACAAUGAUUUUGAUAUGGACUUCAGAACUGAUGAAGAAUUUAAAGCUGAAAUACACUUGCGAAUAAAAGAAUUAAAAGAAUCACUGUAUGAUAUUUGUGAUGAAAUAAUGACCUGUUCGGAAUCUGAAAGACAGAAGCUAAUUUUUGAUAAUUGGGUACCAAAACAAGCCAUCGAAUUUUGUAAUAUUUACGUCAACACUUUUCAACUCGAAAUCGAUAGAUGUGUUGACUCAAUGCAGAUAAUCAAUGAUUAUUAUACAAGUAUGGUAACGAAAAUGCCCACUGAAAAAAUUCUUCAAAAGACUAUAAUAACCAAACUAUCUUCUUCUAAAGACAUAGACGAACAACCAAACAUAACAAAUCAGUUUAUAGAAACCUUUACAAAUAUAGAAUCCGAUUUACAAGAGACAGUUUUUCAUACAAUGCUUCAAGAAAAACUUACAAACGCCUUAAGUUUAGUGGAAGCCACGAAUAAAGACGCUAGAAGUCUUAUGGAGAAGAUUAAGUCUUUAUUUAAGCCUAAGAAAGCAGCUAAAAAUAAAUCUCCUAGAAAGGGGAAAUCUAAGGGUGGCAAAAAAUCCGGUAAAUCUUCCAAAAAGUCUGGUAAAUCUUCAAAAAAGUCUGGUAAAUCAUCAAAAAAGUCCGGUAAAUCUUCAAAAAAAUCCGGUAAAUCUUCAAAAGGAAAACCUGGAAAAGUUGAAAAAAUAAACAUCCUGACGAUAUUUGAACCAGAACAAACUGUAAUAGAUAAUUAUGAUAGAAUAACUCAGGAAUGGGAUCGUGCGUUAGAAGGAGAAUUAUUAAGAGUCCAAAUAAGAUUAAAUCUACUAAAAGCAGAGGGUUGUUCAAAACUUGAAGGCAUUUUAGGUGCUACGCGAUCAACUUUUCAUCAAGUUUACCAAGAUAUUAAAGAACGCUACUAUCGAGAAACUGAAGCUGUCGAUACUGUAUGGAAAAUAUUUUCUAGAGCUGUCGAAGAGGAACAACCAAUACAAGAAGAGUUAAUUCUGGAUGGUGAGGAAGUGUGUAUGAAGCCUUUGCAUUUGUUGUUCCCAGAUCCUGUGAUAAUUCCCGAACCUUAUCAAGAAGAGUUAGAUGAAAAUAUUUUCUCUUUUGAUCAGCUAGAUAGAUUAGUUAUGAUAAUGUUUGAUAUUGGACCUUCAGGAUACAUUGUUGAAAGAUCAUUUUGUUAUUUGAUACAAGACAUGAUUACUUGUUCCCCUGAAGAUGAUUCGGUUUUAGUACCUAUAUUGUGGUCAUAUUUAAAGCCCUGUGAUAUUGAUAAGAUGUCUAAACUGAUAUUUGACCCAAUAGAGUAUGUACCAUGGAAAGAUUUUGUUAUUUUAAACUUUAUGGUAGGUUUUCCAACCAUAGAAGAAUUGGUACAACUAAGAUACGAGUAUAGAGAGUUAGACCCAGAUGCUAAUGAGUAUAUCUAUGAUUACCAAUUCUACUCUGUCAAACUUUGGUUUGAAUCAGAAAAUGAUAAGAAACCUUUACGAAGUAGAGGUAUUAAAGAUAUAAUCUACAAGUUGUACCGUAUAAAAGGUGAUCGUUUGAACUACACAGCGUUCCUCUUGGACAUAUCGAAGGACGAAAACAUUACAGUAGGAUUUUCCAAAGCGCUUUCAGUUUGCAUGGGGAAAGUUGUAUGUUGGAGUAAAACCAUAGGUGAAAAGUUUAUAAAAAUUGCCUUGGAGAAUCGCGAACAACACGAGUUAGAGGUUAAGGAACGCGAUUUAGAAAUAGAAGAGAAUUAUAAAAUGGCAGAUGAAAUUGUGACCGAGCUUAUAGAUAUCACAGUUCAUCAAUGUGACAGUGUUGUUAUUGAAGAUUACGACUCGCAAACUUCUCAGAGUAUUUUGGAUUUAAACCUAGUUCCUGAUAGUGCUCUACCAAUAGCUGAAAAAAUUGAGGAGUACAUUAGACAAACUAUGAAACAACAUAACCCUUGCGAAGAUACUUUUUCCAAUGUUGCCAUAGGUUUUGAGGAUAAAAUGGUGCCAAACUUUGCCUACUUUUUGCCAUUCGAAGUUUUAUUAUCAGCUAUCACCAUGACUUUACCUUGGAAUGCUAAAGUUAGGAAUGUAGACGAUGAAUCCUUUAGGGAACUAAUAGAGAAUAUUUACGAAAAAUGUAAGAACCCCGAAUUCAGCGAUAAAGUCUUGUGUCACGAGUUUUUAUUUUGCGAUGAUUUUCAAGAUUUAUUUAAAGACGUUAAGCGAUUUUUGUAUAGAAAUCCCGUUCAGAUGGUAAAAGAGUUAAUAAGUGAACAUGAGGAGUAA